CCGUCCCUCACAGCGUCUCUCUUUUUUUUCCCCUGUGAGGAGAAAAGCGCGGGCGCGAGAGCGCGCGCGUGUGAAAAGGGGAGAGAUACGGCGCUGCAGGCGGGGGUGGCCGAGGCUAGGCUCGCCUCGCACACAUAACACGCCACUUUCCUUCCCGGAAUGUGAGGCGCGGCGGAGCCGGGGUUGUCAAGCGCAGGUUCCCACAGUAGCAGAAGCGGCGGCAGCCUGGGGCUCCCCAGUGCGGGGCCGGGCGCUGACUGACUGGCGCGAGCCUCCGCUGUCCCAGCCCCUGAGGGAAGAAGGGGCGGCUCCUAGGGCGGCGGCGGCCGCAGAGGCUUCUUCUCCCCCUUGCUCGCCCUGCUCUUCCUCGGGUCUACUUCCCCGAGCUCCAGACGCUCCUCGCCCGCCAUGAAGAAGUUUUCUCGGAUGCCCAAGUCUGACGGCACCGGAGGCAGCACGAGUAGCGGCGGCGGAGGAGGGGGAGGCGGCGGCGGAGGAACGUCGGUGGCCGUGUCGGGCUUUGUGGCCGGAGGCGGGCCGGCCGUGGGCAGCAGCAGGGUCUUCGCCGUGGGGCGCUUCCAGGUCACGGUCGAGGAGCUGCUGGCGGAAGGUGGCUUUUCCACAGUGCUACUUGUGCAUACACAUGGUGGAGUCCGAUGUGCAUUGAAACGAAUGUAUGUUAAUAAUGUGCCUGAUCUCAAUAUCUGCAAAAGAGAAAUAACAAUAAUGAAAGAACUGUCUGGGCACAAGAACAUUGUAGGGUAUUUGGAUUGUGCUGUUAAUUCUGUUAGUGAUAAUGUUUGGGAAGUGCUCAUCUUAAUGGAAUACUGUCGUGCUGGGCAGGUAGUGAAUCAGAUGAACCAGAGAUUGCAGACAGGCUUUACUGAGCCAGAAGUGCUAAGGAUAUUUUGUGAUGCCUGUGAAGCUGUUGCUAGGCUGCAUCAAUGCAAAACUCCCAUUGUUCAUAGAGAUUUGAAGGUUGAGAACCUUUUGUUGAAUGACAGUGGAAACUAUGUCCUCUGUGACUUUGGCAGUGCCACUAAUAAAUUCCUUAAUUCUCAGAAAGAUGGAGUUACUGUAGUUGAAGAAGAAAUUAAAAAGUAUACUACGUUAUCAUACAGAGCUCCUGAAAUGAUUAAUCUUUAUGGAGGGAAACCAAUUACUACCAAGGCAGAUAUCUGGGCUCUUGGUUGCUUGCUGUAUAAGCUUUGUUUCUUCACACUUCCCUUUGGUGAGAGUCAGGUUGCCAUUUGUGAUGGAAGCUUUACCAUCCCAGACAAUUCACGUUACUCCCAUGGUAUACAUUGUUUGAUAAGGUAUAUGCUUGAACCAGAUCAAGAACAGAGACCUGAUAUCUUUCAGGUUUCUUACUUUGCCUUUAAACUUGCCAAAAAGGACUGUCCAAUAUCCAAUAUCAAUAAUUCUCCUCUCCCUUCAACUCUUCCUGAGCCCCUGACAGCUAGUGAGGCUGCUGCUAAGAAAAGCCAAAUAAAAGCUCGAAUAACAGAUGCCAUUGGACCAACAGAAACCUCAAUAGCACCACGACAAAGACCAAAGGCCAAUACAAGCACCGCCGCUUCUAGUGUACUAGCAAUUCAGAGCUCAGCAACACCAGUCAAAGUGCCAGUCCCUAGUGAUUUCAACAAUGGACAAAAAGGAGCCUCAAAAUCUGGAAAUAGCCAAGAGAGUAUGUCCCAAGGAACUAAUCAGGCCCCACAGCAAAAUAGAGUACUGCAACAACUACAGCAAGGUGACUGGAGGCUACAGCAGUUGCAUCAUUUGCAUCAUCAUCAUCACCACCACCACCACCAGCAGCAGCAGCAACAUCAGCAAUUGAUUCAGGAUGCAUACAUGCAUCAGUAUCAACAAGCAGUGCAACAGCACAUGAUUCAACAGCAGCUUUUGAUGCGCUCUGCUUACCAGCAGCAACCUUCCCCAUCCUAUCCAGCCAUGGUGCAGCAGUACCAACAAGCUCUUCUACAUCAACAAGCCCUUGUGAAGCAGUUGCAACCUCCGAAACAUUCUCCUGAAUUUCUUGCCUCUCCUCAGGAGUUCUCACCAGCCUUAAUACCCCAUUCCAAAUCCUUUCCAACUCACGUUGGUGCCGCAUUGGACACACCUUAUACUACAAACAGGUCAUCUGCCUCUGAUGCUGAGUCUGUUUCCAGCUAUCCAAAACAGAACGUCAGUAACCCUCCUGAUAUGUCUGGCUGGAAUCCGUUUGGAGAAGACAAUUUUUCCAAGCUAACAGAGGAGGAGCUGUUGGACAGGGAAUUUGACCUUCUGAGAUCAAAUAGGCUCGUGGAGAGGAGAACUUCCUCAGAUAAGAAUGUGGAGCCACAUUCUGUUCCACAGAACCAUCCUCCAGAAGAUCCCUUUGGUUCUGUACCUUUCAUUUCUCACCCAGGUUCCCCAGGAAAUGAAAUUAAUAACUCAGACAGCAGUCUAGAGAACAAGGUAGGGAGCCCAACCAAAAAUGAGAGGUCAAGCCAGGCUAUUGGGGACCAUGAAAAUGUAAAGAAGGUGAGAGAAGGAAACACGAAAAAAGGAAAUGAUGAAUCAGAGAGUGACUUUGAAUCAGAUCCUCCAUCUCCUAAGAGCAGUGAGGAAGAGGAGCAAGAGGAUGAAGUCUUGCAUUGUGAGCAUGGAGAUUUCAUUGAUGACAACGAUACUGAACCAGAGAACUUUGGCCAGCAUCCUCUUCUAAUGGAUUCUGAUGAAGAUGCAGAAGAUGAUGAUAAACCAAGUUCUGACUCUGAUUCUUGUCAUGCUAGGCCUGUGGAUGAGAUGCUUGGCAGUAGAUACAGAGAAGGGACUGACAGUGUUGAAAACAGGGAGCCUAAUGUAACAUUUCCUGUGUUGACCGAAUUGCCAAAUACAGUAACCAAGGUGAGCCCCAAGCAAGAAUUUGAUGUCUUUGGAGCAGUUCCAUUCCUUGCUCUUCAUUCUCAAGAGCCUAAGCAAAAUGAUAACAAAGGUUUCUCUCCCCAGGCUACGCUCCCAGGCUUAGACCAAGAUCAGGAUGAUUUUGAUGUCUUCACCAAAGCCCCAUUCAGCAGAAAAAUAUCACAGCAAGAUGACUUGAUUUCAGGUUCUGAAAACCAACCUUCUCCCAUAUCGCCCAAAAGUGUGGAUCCUUUUGACUGUAUCCCAUUCCCUCAUUCCAUCCCAAGCAACGACGAGAGUAAAGAGGACCUGUUUGGGCUUAUCCCGUUUGAGGAGAUAGCAGGAAGCCAACAGCAGCAAAAAGUGAAGCAGCAACGCAAUCUGCAGAAACUCUCCUCUCGCCAGAGACGCAUGAAGCAGGAAGUAUCAAAGAACAAUGGAAAGCGCCACCAUGGUACGCCAACUAGCACCAAGAAGACCUUGAAGCCCAGUUACCGCACACCAGAAAGAGCCCGCAGGCACAAAAAAGCUGGCCGUCGGGACUCCCAGAGUAGUAAUGAGUUCUUGACAAUCUCUGAUUCCAAGGAAAAUAUAAGUAUUGCCCUUUCAGAUAGCAAGGAUAGAGUCAACCCUCUGCAAGCAGAUGAUGGUCUUCUGGAUCCCUUUGGAGCCAAGCCUUUCCAUCCUACGGAACUGGUGCUUCUUCCACAGCAUCAAGGUUUGGGUGAUAAUUGUGGAGACUAUAAUACAGUAGUUCCUGGUAGACCUAGACAGAGUUCAGUACUUGGUACCAUUCAUUCUGGCGAUGGGAAAAAAUUAACAGAUGAUUUUGGGGCAGUUCCCUUCACGGAAUUUGUUGUGCAGAGUGUGACAUCUCAACAAAGCCAGCAGCAACAGACAGUAGAGUUGGAUCCUUUUGGGGCUGCUCCAUUUCCUUCCAAACAAUAGAUUGAACCAGGAGCACUGUUGCAUUAUUUAAGGAUUUUAUGCACCACCAUAAACUAUCUGGUUCAACUGAGAAGAAACAUUUUUUCUAAGUACAAUGUAUUCAUUUCUCAGUAGAGAGCCUCAUAUUUUAAAAUCUGCUAUGUUGAGCAUACAAUAUUGAGAUGGCAAAGAGGUAAAAGAAUUUCACUAAGACCUUCUGAUCUCUUUUCAAAAUCUCCUAUCUUGUUGCAGCUACUGCCUAUUACUUUAUCAACAAACAGCCAUGGUGUGCUUUUUACCAUGUACUCCGCCAAAGAGGUCAUUACAAGAAAGGUCUGAUUUGAGGUGUGUUAUAACUGGCCUGAGGGGAAUGAGAAAAUGCCUAAAUAUGUAAGAAGCUGGAUUGAUCUGGGACUACUUCACUUGCUUGUUGUGGGUUCCCUCCUAGAACAUCUCUGAACUUCUGAGGUUUCUGACUUGACCUUAGAUUCCUAAACAUCACAAAAAAACCAAACCUUUGUAGCUGUGGUUCCCAGAAAUCUGCUCCCCCCCAGUAAGUGCCAUUAAUGUAAAACGGGGAUAGUUCUAACUCUUAAGAUCUCAAGAACUUAGUGGAAUACAAUAUUAGAUAAAGUUGGGAAUCAAGGAGGAAAAUAAAAAUACAUAGCUGGAUUCUGCAGCACUUCGAAGAUUAUAUAGUUCCAGCUUGGUUUAACUGCAUAUACAGCAUUCGAGAAGACAAAAGCCGGAAAUUUGGUGGCAAGUUCUAACCUGUACAGCUCUAUUAUAAAGUAGAAUUUUCAUCUAAUGUAUUUUUCUAGGGUUUUGUACUCCGUGGUAUACCCUAGAAAUGUCUUUUGAAUCACUCUCACUUAACUCGUCCCAUUUAAUAUUUUUGAGUGCAUUCUGUCUCACAAUAUUGUACUUAUCUUGAGAGUUCAUACAAAAUACACGUAACUCUAAAGAAACUUUUAACUUGAAUUUAGGCAGUUUCCAGCACUGGAGGUAUAAAACUGAAGCCUUUUAAAAAAUGAUGUUGAUUUGAGUCUGCUUCCAGUAAACUGCAUAGUAAACCACCAAUGCCUUACAGCCAGGACCAUUGUCCUGUCAUACUUUUACCUCUGAGCCAUUUGGUGCCCUUGAGACACAGUUUAAAAACAUGUAGAACUUAGGUGGUGAGAAUUUGAUGCAUUUCUGAACUUCCCACGUGUACUAAGGUGUUCAUAAUGUUCUUGGCUGUCUGUCUGUGGCCCAUUCUUGACUAGCUAUGGGAGCCUUGGCUGAAUAUGUUUCACAUUUCAGUUCCUUGGGCUACAAUCUAGCCCAGCUUGGCUUUCUUUUAAACAUGUAGGUGUGAAAACACUGCAGUGACCAGCUGCUCCUAAAUCAUACAGAAGUGGAUCCAUGGAACACUGCAAUGUAGUUCCACUGCCUAUGCAGAAGCAGCUGACCCCUUGCUCCCAUGAAAUAUAGCAAACUAUUUCUGAAACUGAAAUGUUUCAUAUGUGUUGGGUCAGCUGUAUAAAAGGAGUCAAACUCCUACUUCAUGCAUACAAGGCUGAAAUGUUUCUGGAUCCUGGGCUUUGCAUAGCCAUUCACAUUGUAAAUCUGACUUUACUCAAAAGGUACAAGAACUGGGCUCUUGGGGUAUUGCUUACUUGACUUGAAUAUGAACUUGUGGGAGCAAGAAAUCUAAAAACAGUUACUGCCCUGGGUGAAUGACUUUCCUUAAAUGCUUUCCCAGCAGUGGGUUCUUACUCUCCAGCUGCUGUGCAGAAGCAAAAUAUCAAAAGAAACUUUUUUUUGUAACAGGAUGUUAAUACAGGAUAAAUUUGACAGAGGCAGAAGAACAAGAUGCUUUAAAAAAAUGAGAACUUUAAGAAAAUUUGAUGGGUUUUUUGGUGAUCAAAAUAUGAUUGGAAGUUCUCUCUAGAUGUGUGUUUCUAGUCCUGCAAUGUUUCACUCUUUUGUCAUAUCAAGCACAAAUCCCAGGUCAGUUAGAUGUCUUGUCAUUCUAAAUGGUUCUGUAAAGCACAUAUGGCAAAGAAGGCUAACUGUGCAUAUACCUCAGAAUGCCUGCUCUUUUAUUCUUGUGCCAAAGCCUCUUUGAAUUAAAUACAGAUUUUGUAAGAAAGGUUUAUUAAAACUGUAACCAGACAGCUCUUUAUUGAAGUGCUGUUUCGACUGUGACAAGAUUUCUUACCCAUAAAGAGAUCAGCCGUGUGUUCCCAGCAAAUGAGCACACCAAUAGACGCAGAGAGCAAACAUGUAUACAUCCCUCGUGAUUUGUUUCCUCUAUGGAAAGGUUUUCUGUGAACGAAACGUACAAUGUUUGAAGCAGGUUGGAGUUGCAGAGUUAAGCCAGAGCUGUCCACAACUAGCUGAUCCCAACGUAAUAACUCCUAUUUGUGUGCUUGUAAAGUCUUAAGUGCUUUCAGGUGGCAUAAAAUAGGCACAGCCGCUCUGGUAAUCAAGUUAACAGUCUCAUUAAAAGUAGUUGACUUGUCCUGUUGAUUUUAACAAAAUAAUUCUGGCUCAGGAACUAUCUAGUGCCUGAUCCUCACCUGGCAUCCCGUUGGUUGCCAACUUUUAUAUUCCAAGCCGUCUGAAAAAUCCUUCCUUUCCACAAGACUCCAUGUGCUGUGAAAUAUGAACACUAGAUUUAGAACAACCUGGUCAUUUAAUUAUUUGUAGUAACCUAAAACCAUUGCCUGCAUGUGUCAGAAGGGUUUUCCAUAUAUCUGUACUACAUGCCUAGUUAUUGGCAGAUAAUUCGAUUCUGAACAUUUACUUGGACCCAAGAUGAAAGUAAAUCUUAUCCUGCAAUAAUUCGAAGGCAGUGGGGAGAGUAGAAGCAACACAUUUGCAUUGUUCUAACAAUUUCCCUACUAUUUCUCCUAAGAGUUUGUUGGUAUAGAAAAUAUACACAUUUUUCUCCAUCAUCACCUCGGGUCCUGAGACCCACUUUUCAGCAGUCUCUUGGAAGAAACUUGCACUGCUCGGUUCAGGCCGUUAGCUUGGCAGUGUAGAGUUAAAAAUGGAUGCGACUCUGCAGGACUGGGCCAUAGGCAAAACGUCUGUAGCAUAACCUUUUAAGGCCAAAAUAAACGUGUGACCAUUGAGAUUGUUGCCAAUAUUCUUUGCUUUCUCAUAGGGCCUUGCUUCACGUAUUACUGAUUGCAUAUGGCUUUAUUUUCAUAGGUUUUUGUAAAUAAGAACGUUUGUUGAUUUUCCUUUGUGGUUGCCGGGGUAUACUGGCAGACCCCACAGAACUGAUUUCUCCCUAUGUUCGUUCGUUUGUUUCCAAGAGCUGCAGAAAGCAGGUUUAAAAAUUUCCUUCAGUUCUGGACUUCAUAGAAAGAAGUGAUUGGUAGUUUGGGAUAAAUGUUUUUGCUUGCAUUGUGUAUGUGUACAUAUAUUUGAAAUCCAGCCUACCAUGGUCUUUCCUGGAACCAUAGGAAGAUUGUGAAGUAUUAGUUCAUAUCAGUGGCCACCAGAUGGAGGAUUUUUCACUACUCCAAUGGUUUGACCUUUCCAAUUAGCAUAUAGCAGACAGCUGGGUACAUCUUCUAAAAUCAGCUGCAGAAUUAGUUCAUCUUGAAGCAGUGUUGCGUGUUACUUCCGACAUGAUGGUCACCCUAAGGUGCUUUUAUUGUACAGAUUAAUAUAGCAGAGAUGCUCCUAAAGGUUUAAAAGCAACAGGAUCUGGUUCAAUGUCAGCCAUCACUGGUAAAAUCAGCUCAUGGUUACUAUACCAUCACCCAAAUUUGUGUGAUUCAGUUCUUUGAAGGUACAAUUGUUGAUCUUGGUGAAACUGAAUCCAUACCCCUAUCCAAAUAUCAGUGGGGGUGGAUGCUUACUACUUCCAUAAUUAUUCUGUAGAAAAGGAGGCCUAUAUCUUACAGCUUGAUCCUGCACUCUUGAACUAGGUUACAUGUGUCUGGUAAUUUUAGAGGGACAGGAGCAAUGGCCAGGCUUUGGGAGGAGGGCUGCCUAAAAGUCUGUCCUUUUCACUCAGAAAUAACUACUGUGAGAUUGAAUGGCUGUAGCUACUACUGUGAGAAUUGCAACUAGAGUCUAUCUGAAGAAUUUUUUUAUAUAUGAUAGGGUGUAUUUUUAUAGAGAAACAUAUAUAAAACAUACAUGCACACAUCACAUCUCUUGGAGUUUGUGAUCUAAAAUAACAUUGCAGUCACAAUCAUUGUCAUGGCGUUGGAAAAAUAAGUAUAGCCAAAAGCUGCUAAGAGUAACAAGGAAAUGCAAAGAACUGGCUACCCAGUUAUUUUUCUAAAGCACUUCAUUGAAAAGAAGAAAUAAAAGUAAUAGUGUCUAUAGCCAAGUUUUGUUUCUGUGACUAAGAACAUCACUCAAGAAUAAAACAAUGCUAUAUUUUAAUUGCUGGCAAACAGCUUUAAGUGCACUUUUCAAAUGACACUUCCAUUUCUUGUCAAGACUCAAAAUUUCUAAAGCUUUUUUGUUGUGUGUGUACCACUAAAACAGAAUUUUUGUGUGAAAUUAAUGUAGCUGAGAACAACUGUCAGUUGUCACUAAACAAAUAUACCAGAUGCCAUGAUUCUGUAAACCUGUGUAAUUUUUACAACAGAGCCGGGGUGUUCUAGAAUGAUCUUGCCAUGCAAAAUGCUAAUUGAGUUUCCUGUGUAUGUUGCCUCAUAUGAAAAAAAAACUUAUUGCAUUACUUAUGCCUCCUGUUGUUUCUUUUGCUGCAGUCAAUGACAGUAAUUAGCUAGCUUUGUGAGCUCAUUUAGGGGGAGGACUUUGCGACUUUGUUUCUCUUGCAUUUUGAUACUUCACUUGUUCCAAGAACUUGGGAUACCAUAUUCUAACCAACAUCGAUUUGGGUUUAUAUCACGUCAAGUUUUGUGACAGCUUU